UAUUUGGUGAGCGCGAGCGCCUCCAAGCGGCAAUAAGCUGAUGACGGCUUUUGAUGAUUUUUCCCCCAAAUCUCGGUUGUUUUCCCAUGAGUUUCUCACACGGAAAGUGUCUUUAAGUUGGUGCAUGUGGUGUGAUGUUGAUGAUGAGCGUCGUUGGUGCUUAGGGUUGAUGGAAUAAAGUGUAAAUAGCGGUGGGAAAAGGUUCAAUAGCCAGCCGAUAAAAAUCACAAUGAUCCUCUACGUUUGCGUUCAGUUUACAAAAUGGCGUCAGCAGUCACAGACGUUGAGACAUCAGCGCCCCUGAACGACGUCCGGGAGUCCCAGUCGCAGCUAAACGCACCGGGGGCGGCCCAGACAGCCGGCCAGAGUGGCAUAGUGAGUGGGAUUGUGUCAAACGGGGGCGCCGUAUAUGGUGAGACUCCGCACAAACUGCAACAUGGAAUUGUCGUGAGUGAGAGUGGGAAGAGUGCAAGUGUGUCCAAUAAUAACAACAAUUACACCGUAAGCGGUGGAAAGAGAGUGUGUGAACAGUUUUUGGGUGGUGAGGGGGCACCUGUCGCAAAUCCCGAAUCGACAGGGCCACUUGUGUCGAAUAUGCCAAAGAAUAGCAAUGAGCCGGUGAAGGUUGUGUACCCCACAGGCGGCGGCCACGGCCAAACCUCCGCCCCAACAGUGCUUAACAUGAACAAUCGUGUGACAUUCACGGGCCAGACUUUGCCGAACGGGACAAUAAGUCUCUCCCCAAUCACAACACAGGCAACAAUUAUGCAGACAACGGCCAAUGCCAAAGGGCCCCAGACAUCGCAGAAUCAACAAUCCCAACCAUCUCAGUCACAGUCGACGAUAGUUAUUAAGAAUCAAGUCAGCAUGGCGCCAGGGAUCACCUCAGCGCCACCCGGAAUGGUCACAAUGACCAAGACAAUCAAUCAGGCCACAACGCAGAACAUCGUGGCCACUCCAACAAUGCUACCCGCCAGUGUACAGAUAGUCAAUAUGCGUCCGGGUACGCCGUCGCAGGCACAGCAAAAGUCCGUGGCUGCCAUUCCGCCCAGAGUUGUUCUCGGGGGCACGCAGAUGCUGGGCGCCAGACCCGCCAAUUCAGCUAUCACUCUGAGUGCUCUGCAGAACUUGAAUGCUGGACAAUCGGGUCCGGCGCUGCUGCUGAAGACGGAAACUGGUCAGUAUCAAUUGUUACGCGUGGGACCAGCACCUGCGACUCCUGUGACGCCCACGUUGGGCGCCACGGCGGCGUCUGCCAAUCAAACGAUCCGCUUGCAAACCGUCCCGGCUCAAACAUUGACGACAACAACGGCCAAUAUUGUCGUAAAUACGACGGCAUCGACGGCAAUUUCGGCGCAACAGUCGCAAAUCCUGUCCACGCAGACAUCACAAGUUCCUCCACCUGUUGCCUCCGUGGCUCCUGUGCCAGCGCUGGCCACGCAAAAUGCAACAACAGCGGCUGUUGUUGUGACGGCAAAUGCGACGCCGACAAAUCAAAAUUUACACAAUACCAAAGAGAAAUGUCGCAAAUUUUUGGCCAAUCUCCUGGAAUUGUCGAGUCGUGAGCCGAAAACUGUGGAGAAAAAUGUCAGGACACUGAUACAGGAGUUGAUUGAUGCCAAUGUGGAGCCAGAGGAGUUUUGCGAUCGUCUCGAGCGUCUCCUCAAUGCAAGCCCACAGCCUUGUCUUAUUGGAUUUCUCAAGAAAAGUCUCCCACUCUUGAGACAGUCCCUGGUGAAGAAGGAAUUGGUGAUUGAGGGUAUCAAGCCACCUCCUCACAACGUGGCAUUUUCAGGGACAACGACAAUUACUACAAAUAUUCCGGCGACUGUACGUCCAAUUGGUCAGACGAUCGUGUCGGGCGUCGCAUCGCUUCCCACGCAGGUGAGAAUGGUGACACCGACGGGACCGCGUCCAAUGCAGACGACCAUCACGAGACACAGUGCACCAGUUCGGAUCCAGACGCCAAUCAGUGCAACAGGGCCACGGAUAACGGGAGGAACUGUAGCACAGAUUCGUCCAGGAGCCAAUGCCAUUGUCCAGACGGCAGGAGCUAUACAGUCGACUCCACCGGCUCUACAUCCUGUCAGUUCGACUCCUACCCAGACAGUGUUCUCCCCAGCGGCUCAGAUCCGGACACCGACCACGAUCACGCGUCCUCAGUCAGGGGUUCAUAUUCGCACGACGGCUCCGGUGGUGCGAACCCCGGGCGCUAGUGCCACAAAAGGCGGGGCCACACAGAUCAAAAUUGGUGCUACGCAAAUUAAGCAAAUCAGCCCAAGUACUGGCUCAGCGGCAUCCACGGUUACUGUGCUCAAUAGCAGUAGUAGCAGUGCGAGUUCCGGUGGUCAGGUCACGAAGACAGUCACUGUGAAGUCCCAGAGUGCGGCUCAGGCGCAAAAGAGCGCCGCGGCGGCGGCUAAGGAUAAGGAGAAGAAGGCAGCCAAUUUCUAUCAGCAAUCAUCACUGUCAAUGUCCUCCUCCAUGUACGGUGAUGAUGAUAUCAAUGAUGUGGCUGCGAUGGGAGGAGUGAAUCUGGCUGAGGAGACGCAGCGUAUUCUGGGCUCCACGGAGCUCAUUGGCACGCAGAUUAGAUCGUGCAAGGAUGAGGUGUUUCUGCAUCUGCCGGCAUUGCAGAAUGUCAUGAGGACAAUUGUGGCGAAGCAUGGCCUCGAGGAGCCCAGCAAUGAAGUGGCUGUUCUCAUUUCGCACGCCACGCAGGAGCACCUCAAGAACAUUGUUGAAAAGUUGGCUGUGAUUGCCGAGCACAGAAUUGACGUUAUCAAGCUCGAUCCUCGGUACGAAGUGACGAAAGAUGUGAGAGGGCAAAUAAAAUUCCUGGAGGAACUGGAUAAGGCGGAACAGAAGCGUCAUGAAGAGCAGGAGCGUGAAAUGUUGCUGAGAGCUGCCAAAUCGAGAUCGAAAACAGAAGAUCCAGAACAGGCUAAACUCAAAGCAAAGGCGAAGGAGAUGCAAAGGGCAGAGAUGGAGGAAUUGCGACAGCGAGAUGCCAAUCUGACAGCCCUGCAGGCAAUAGGACCAAGGAAAAAGCCUCGUCUCGAUGGGGAAGUUUCUUCAACAGCUGUGGCGGGUGCUUCUGGUGUGGGAGCCACUGGUUUAGCCUCCACACCACUUCGUCCACGGAUAAAGCGUGUCAACAUGCGCGAUAUGCUGUUCUAUUUGGAACAGGAAAGGGAUACAUGUAGGAGUACAAUGCUUUACAAAGCUUACCUCAAGUGAUGGACAAUUUGGACCACAAAUCUCAGAUGUUCUGGUGCAAUGAGAAGAUGCAAUGGUGAAGAAAAUCGUCACAACACGCGCACAAAUGGAUGAGAUAAAGGAAAAAUAAAAGAAAAAAUCCGAACUGUGAGAAAAGGAAGAAA